CGUGUAUUGGAUCUAAAGUAAGGUUAGGAUUUGCGGAUGUUUUUGCCUGACAUUUUUCAUUUUGUCAUCUUCAUUGAAUUUUAUAAAGAAUACGAAUUAUCAGACGAUUGUCGAAGAGGUAAAAACAGUAAUUUUAUACAAGAGUGGAAUACUAACUAAUUUCUUUGUAUUAAAAAACACGAUGGACGAGUUUAUAUCCCAAUUUAUGGAUAUAACUGGCGUCGACCGUGAAAGAGCAGAAUUUUAUCUAGCCUCAUCAGCUAACCAGUUAGAGGUUGCACUGGCAAAUUUUUAUGAAUGCGUAGAAUUAGGAUCUGCUGAAGAAGGACCAUCGCCUGAUAUCAUAAGUGAUCAAAUAUCAAAUCAAGAAAGUGUACCAUCAGUAAGACCUGUUGAACUUUCUGAAGCAAAUUCAAUGGAUCCGAAUAAAUCAAAGCCUAUAAAUAAAAAUAAAAAUUCUAAGAUCGGUACUAUAGGUUCAUUACAAAAUAGAGAUAGUGAUUCUGAAGAAGAAGGCCAAGCAUUUUAUGCUGGUGGAUCAGAACGUAGUGGACAACAAGUAUUAGGUCCUAGUAAAAAAAAGAAUGAUAUUAUUAAUGAUAUGUUUAAAUCAUGUCGAGAUCAAUCGAUUCCAAUUGAUGAAAGAUCUGGAUCUCAUCAACAAAGACCAAGUACAUUUAGUGGAACUGGAUAUAAAUUAGGGCAAACCAAUAAUGAUACUGAAAUUGUAGCAGGAGCGCCUUCUUCACAAUCGUCAAGUAAUUCAGGCGUAAUAACUUUAAAACUUUGGCGAGAUGGGUUUACUAUUAAUGAUCGUGAACUUCGAUCCUACAAUGAUCCAAAUAAUCGUGAAUUUAUGGAAGCUAUAAAACGAGCGGAAAUUCCAGCUGAAUUACGACAAGAGGUACAAGAUGCUGAAGUGCGUCUUGACAUGGAGGAUCAUCGUCAUGAAGAAUAUGUACCUUCAAAAAUAAAAGUCAAAGCUUUCACUGGUCGAGGACACAAAUUGGGAAGUCCUUCACCUGCCACUGUUGGUAUGACAAUACCAUGUGAUACAGCUGACCAAAUAGCCAAUGAAUCACAAGCUCGAAGUCAAUUGAACGUAGAUACUAAUAAUCCAGUUACAACGAUUCAAAUACGAUUAGCUGACGGGCAAAAUAUUCGAGAACAAUUUAAUCUUACUCAUACUGUUGGUGAUAUUCGAAGAUAUAUAACAACAAUGCGGCCGCAGUACGCUAAUCAAGAAUUUAUUUUAUUAACGUCAUAUCCUAUAAAAGAACUGACUGAAGAAGAUAAAACAAUUGAUGAAGUGGGCCUUAAAAAUUCAGCUAUUAUGCAACGUUUGAAGUAAAAUAAUAUUAAUUUUAAUUUUAUUCUAAUUAUUAAUAUUUUUUGCAUGCCGUUAUUUUAUAGUAAUUAAUACUGAAUAUCACCAAAAGGUAUUGUUAAAAUUACAUACAAACAUGUGUUUAUAGAAAAUAAAAUUUA